AUGUGCUCGGUACGGAAGCUGAUCCUGCUUCUCACGGUCGCACUCGCCGUAUUGGCCUCCACCAUCGCCAGCGAUGUUGAACCUUCAUUUUGCAAGGGCAAGAAAGGUUUUUGCGUCGUUCGACGUUCCUCUUCGACCAGCCCGAAUGUAGACGACAAGAUUGAGAAGCGAGGCAUACCUGCACGACCAGGAGACAUCGAGGUGUUUGGGUACUAUGGCUCUUUGUUGGCGAUUCCCACACUGCUGUCAGUGAUGGGGAUCGUGACGAACUACAAUCUCGAGAAGUCGUACUUCAACUCGCAGAUCAAUGCGCAGUACUACAAGCAGAGCCGCGAAAUGCUCAAGGCACAUGCGGCGCAGCUGAUUCGCGAGCAGGAACAGAAGUUCGCCAAAGCAGGAGUGACCUGGCAGGGCAUGACCUACGACAAGAACGGCAAUGCGAACCCGGGCGCCAAGUUGCCAAGUUCCAAGGGAGUUGUGCUAUUGCCACCGGAGAAGGAAGAGGGGCAGGAGCAAGCUCCGAAGACACCCCAGCAAGCCGAUCCGUCUGCCCCGUCUACCUCGCCCAACGCAAGCUCGCCUGCUCCGGAAGGACAGGGCUCGAGCGGCGCAGAAGAAUCAAACGGGAGCUCACCUACUACGGGAGGCGCAGAAGAGCCGAGCGGGUCUGCUAACUCGGCCAACGUAAGUGCGGGCCAAGGUGGCUCCAGCAAUGAAGGUACGGGUGCUGCUGGAGGUAGCACGGCUGCCGGCAGCACGGGUGCUGCCACUGGUGGAGACGGCGCCAAGGGCGAGUCUUCGUAA